AUGAAACUAUUCUGGAUAUUACCGUUUGCGAUAUUAUUAUCCACUUUGUGCAUCGGGUCGACACUAGCUUCCGAUGACAACGAGUUCGCCGAGUUUGAGGACGAAUUCGUUGAAGUCGUGACUGACUCACCACAUAUUGAGAAGCAUGAAGAGCGAGUGCCCCCGCAAAGAGUCGAGCCACCAGUUCAAGUAUUAGAUCCUAAAAUAUUCCAGAACAUGAUAAAAUUAAUUCAGAGAGACGAUUUUGAAGACGAAGAUUUUGGAAUUGAAGGCAACGAGCCAGAUGAGCACGUUGAAAUUGAAAAUCCGGCCGAAACAGACGCUGGAGACCGUCCGCCUGAGCCACUCAAGUUCACCGACGUUCCUGCUCACUUCCGAUCCAAUUGGGCUUCGUACCAAGUCGAAGGAGUUGUUGUGCUGAUUAUUGCCAUCUACCUACUCAACUAUCUCAUCGGAAAGACAACCAACUCUUCCAUUGCUCACACUGUCUUCGAAAUGUGCCGCCCAGCGCUUGAGGAACAAUUUUCUGUGGUAGGAAACUAAGAAUCCAAAGCACAAAAAUGAAGGUUAUUGCAGGUCGGCGACGACGGAACCACUGAAUUGGACAAGCUGGAGUCCGGCCUGAAGAGAGACACCGAUUCUACGUUUUCCGCUUGGUGCACAGGACGUGUCAAUGUCAACAGCCUGUAUUUGCAGGUAUAAUAACAUUUUUCAAAUGCUUGAAUUGAUAAUUCUCGUUGUAGAUGAAAAUGGUGAAGCGACAAGAUCUCGUAUCCCGCGUCAUUGAUCUGUUCGAGCCAACAAUCGACAGAAUGUCUAUCAAGUGCAGCUUGGAGUCGUCUCCCGACUGCGAUCCUCUGAUCUUCGCCGUCGGAGAGAAGAAGAUUGCAACUAAACAAUUUAAGGAAAUGCUCGAUCUGAACAGCUUUGUCUCGGAGAGAAAGCAGACCGCCCAACAAUUCAAUCUUCCUGCCUCGUGGCAACUGUACGCCGAUCAAAAUGAAGUUGUCUUCUCGAUUCUGGAGCCAGGAGUUGUGUCUCUUUUCAAGAAACACGAGGACGCUAUCGAAUUCAUUCACAUUUCGGAUCAGUACACUGGACCGAAACCGGCUGAAGGAGAGAGCUACACAAAACUGCCCGAACCUCAGAGAUUCAUGCACGUGUCUUUGAACAUGAAGGCGCUGGGAACCGACGAGGAAACUGUCGCCGAGGUUCUGAACCUGGUGUUCUACCUAAUCGACAAAGCGCGCAAGCUGAAGUUGAGCAAGGAUGCAAAGGUGAAGGCGGAGAGAAGAAGAAAGGAGUUCGAGGACGCUUUCAUGAAGCAGACUCAUCAGUUCCGACAGGAAGCCGCUCAGGCAAGAAGAGAGGAGAAAACUCGCGAGAGAAAGCAGAAGCUGAUGGACGAGAACGAUCCGGACAGACAGAAGAGGUUAGAGGCGAAGGAACUAAAGAGAGAGGCGAAAGCGAAGCAGCCGAAGAUGAAGCAACUCAAAGUGAAGUAAUUAACGAAAUGUGCUCUCUCUUUUCAAUUAGACAUUCCUGCUCGCUCAAAAUUAGAAUCAUUUUCUGAUAAUUUUUAAUUUCUUUGCAGUCAUCAUCAUUUUCUUUCUUCUCCCGUUUGUCGAUCUUUUCAUGUAUUCACAAAUGCGCUCCCCUCCCAAAAGUUUCACUGAUGCCUGUUCAUUUGCAUAAGUCGACAGGGUGUGAACACUUGAUUAUAUAUUUCAUGCAUCAUGUGGUUACGUUUUAUUAUCAGAGUCUGUUAUAAAUUAUUGAUAUCCAAACAAAGUGUAAUUCCCGAAUUAUUCGUUAUCGAUUCAUUCAUUGAUUCUCUUGUAGUCAAAAGUUGUUUUCACAAAUGGAAUUAAGAAUGGAAAAAAACAACUUCCGUCGUUAUAAUCCACUGAUUGACGAGUGGAUAAUUGUGGCGGUCAACCGGAUCAACCGACCUUGGCAAGGUGCCAAAACGGAGAAGGCGACGUCGAAAACGAAAUCUGCAGAAGAUCCGAAGCCGUCCGAAAAGAAUCCGUUGGCCCCGGGGGGCACCCGGUCUUCCGGAGUUGUGAACGAACAAUAUCAGAGCAUUUACGUGUUCAGCAACGAUUUUCCGUCGUUCACCGAAUUCGAAGAAUGUGCCGAGAGAGAAGGUGGGAACAAUCGGAUCGGAUUAAACGAAUUCAAAUUCAGAAGACGGCAACCUAUUCAAGCAAAAAGAAGUGCGCGGAACUUGCAAAGUGAUUUGCUACCAUCCGGACAGCCAGUUAACCCUCGCCACGAUGGACAUAGGCGAGGUUCCGACUCGAUCCGUUCUGCACAUCAAUCCCGUGAUUCCAGGUCCGUGCGGUCGUCGAUAUCUGGCACCAGCAGUACGUGGAACUCGGCGCCAAAUACGAGUGGGUUCAGAUAUUCGAGAACCGCGGAGCAGUCGUCGGAUGCUCGAAUAUGCAUCCGCACGGGCAGCUCUGGGCGAGCGAUUACCUGCCGACUCUUCCGGCGAAGAAACACGAGAGUCAGAAAGUAAUUUUGUCGAUAUUGAGCCAAUAUUUUUAAAGUUUUCUCAGAAAUACUUGGAAAAGCAUGGAAAAGUGAUGCUCGUCGACUAUUUGGAGCAGGAAAUCGUCAAGAACGAGCGGAUAAUCCUUCGGAACGCGCACUGGACAUGGCUCGUUCCGUUCUGGGCGUUCUGGCCGUACGAGACGAUGCUUCUCCCGAACAGACACGUCCAAAGAUUCACUGAUUUGACCGAGGUUCUCUUGAAUUCAAAGGAAUUCCAGUUCACUUGAUAUUCUAGGCGGAGAAGCAGUCACUGGCCGAAAUGCUUCGUGCCCUUCUCAUCCGAUACGACAACGUGUUUGAGUGCUCAUUUCCGUACAUGAUGGGUUGGUCCUGUGCUCCGACGGGCUCUUUCCUCUCGGAAGACUGCUCUCACUGGCAAACUCACCUUUCCCUUUUCCCUCCGCUUCUCCGCUCGGCCACCGUUCCCAAGUUCUUGGCUGGAUACGAAGUGUUCGCUGAGAAACAGCGGGAUAUUUCUCCCGAAAUGGCUGCGAAGACUUUGAGAGAGAUCGACAGAGUACAUUAUUCAAAAAAGUAG